AUGGAGCACAAGAUCGUCAUCUCCGGCGAGGGCUCGGCCCACCCGAAGCUCGGCGUCAAGAAGAAGAACAGCGUCGAAGAGAAUUUGAAGAUCCUGAACGACAUGAUCGAGUCCGGCAAGCUCUCGCUCGACCACGCCAUCGCGAAGACGCGGCCGGGCGGCACGCUCCGCGGCAUCUUCAAGUGCAGCGAGGACGACGAGAUGUUGUCGCACGUUGAGGCUUUGUAUGACUUCGUCGUCGCGUACAAGAAGCGCCUCGUGCCGGACUACGACCCGUCCGCGCCCGUGAAGAAGGUCCAGAAGGACGUCGAUCCGGAAAAGUUGGCGCGGCGUCCACAUGACUUCACGUCGCGAUCGCCGCGAUGGCGUCUGCGCGACGACGUCUGCGCGACGUCUCGCUGACGCGCAGGUUCGCGCCGAAGGUCGAGCAGGCAAAGAGCUCCCGCGCGACGUGCAAGAUGACGGGCGAGAAGAUCGACGCGGGCGAGCUGCGCGUGGGGCUGCCCGUCUUCUGCAGAGGGCAACAAGUCACGGCGUGGCAGAAGGCCGCGCACUUCUCCAAGGCGCUGCGCUUCGAAACCGCGCCGGACAACCGCUCCAAAUGUAAAGCCUCGAAGGAAAAGAUCACAAAGGGCGAGAUUCGCCUCUGCGCGCGCGUCGGCACGUUCGCCCAGCUCGAGGCGAACGACGAGAUCAACAAGAUGUUCUACAACCCCAUGGCGAUCCGGCCCUUCUGGAAGGCGUUCCACGAGGCGACGGGCGUGCACCCGUCCUCGAUCGAGGGCGCCGAGUUGCUCGACGAGGCCUACCACAAGGCGUUAUUGGACGCGAACGAGGACGAGCGCUACGAGGAGGCGGACUGCUAGAGACGCACCGCGCGCCUAAGAGUACUGUGUUCAAAUAGCACACAAUCUUUACAUGCUGAGCCGCGCCCGCACCAACCGCGGCGGCGUCGUCGGGACGCCUCCGCGCAGCAGCUAAGGCCACGAAGGAA